AUGCCUAGCUUUUCACAAACCGCCACCCAGGCAGAGGUCUCGACCAAGGUGCAGCUUACGCCUGCCCCCCAAAGAGAGAAUGUACAGUUCCAGGAUCUCGUUAUCGGCGACCGAGAGGGCAAGCUGCAGCUACAAGGAAUUCCCACCUUCACAGACCCAUACAAAGAGAGGCAAUGGAUGAAGGAGCAUAUGGCUGCCGCUUUCCGCUUUUUCGCUAAGAAUGGCUAUGCUGAAGGUAUUGCUGGCCAUAUUUCCAUGCGCGACCCCAUUCUUAAGGAUCAUCUCUGGUUCAACCCAUACGCAAAACAUUUUGGAGCCAUGAAGGCUUCCGAUCUCGUUCUCGUGCACCCCGACGGCUACGUUGUUGAGGGAGGAAACCAGGCUGUCGUCAAUACUGCGGGCUAUAUAAUUCACUCCGAAGUUCACAAGGCCCGGCCUGAUGUUGUGGCUGCCGCCCACGCUCAUAGCACCUACGGUAAGACGUGGAGUGCUUUUGGAAAGCCUAUCGAGAUGUUGACUCAAGAUGCGUGUAACUUUUACGGGAUUCAGAGCGUUUACGAUGAUCAUGGAGGCCAGGUCCUGGCAAAGGAAGAGGGGCAGUCGAUUGCCAAAGCACUUGGUGAUAAGAACUCGGUUUGUAUUCUGAAGAACCAUGGACUUCUCACCGUUGGCCAAACCGUGGACGAGGCUGCCUUCUUAUUCUACAGUUUUGACCAGGCUUGUCACUCCCAGCUACUUGCAGAGGCUGCUGCAGCCAAUGGUCUCCCCAAGAGCAUCAUUUCAGAUCACGUUGCCAAGUACAACGCGGAUGUGAUCCAAAGUGCGGUUAAUUUCUACAUCGAGUUCCAGCCCGAGUUUGACUUGAUUGUAGAAGAGAGCAAUGGCAGGGUAUUGGAAUAA